AUGACAGUCGUGGUGAAGAGGGAGCUGAUUUACCGAUCAAUCUACAUUCCCACCCUCACCUAUGGUCAUGAGAUCUGGGGUGGCUGGCCGCAUUCUUCGAGAUUGGGUGAGGUGCUCAGUUACCCGGGAGGAGCUCAGAGUAGAAUCGCUGCUCCUCCAAGUGGAAAGGAGCCAGCUGAGGUGGCUCGGGCAUCUGAUUCGAUUGCCUCCUGGGCUAAGCCCCUGAUCUCCUGGAAUCCUAGAUAUGCACGACCAAAUGAAAUCAAUAUUUUCCUGCUGGGAAAAACUGGUAUUGGGAAGAGCAGCCUGGGAAAUACCAUCCUGGGAGACAGUCUGUUUAAAGAAAAAUCAUCUCCUACAUCUGAAACAGAUUUGGGCCAAGCAGAAAGAAAAUACAUCAAUGGGGUACCUAUCAAAGUGAUCGACACUCCUGGCUUCUUUGGCAACAACAUGGAUGACGAAACACUAAAGCGUGAGAUAAUACACAGUGUCAAACUGUGUGCACCCAAGAUUGAUGCCUUUCUUAUUGUGCUGAGAGUGGAUCGAUACGCAGCCCAGGAGAAGGAAAUCAUCAAGCAAAUAGAGCAGUGUUUCUCAGAGGAGGCUCUGAAACACGCUGUGGUUGUGUUUACGCAUGGAGACCAACUGGAAGAUGGGGUGACAAUUGAGGAUUUUUUUAAAAGGGAUUCUGAUCUGAAAGAGCUAGUAGAGAGGUGUGGUGGCAGAUGCCACGUUGUUGAUAACAAAUACUGGAAAGAAAAGCAGGAAGGUUACAGGAGUAACAAGUUUCAGGUGGAGCAGCUUUUCAACACAAUAACAACAAUGACAGUCAGUCAGGGCUCCUACACCAAUAUGCUUCUUGAGUUAGUGGGGGAAGAAAAGAAAAAGGGGGGCCGGGGGGAAAUUUUGAUUAUCUCAGCUGGAGUCACAGUGGGAGCACUGCUGGGAGCACUUUUAGGUGCUGUUGUGCUUAAACCAGUUAUACCCUCUGAAUUUGCUUCAGCAGCAGUAGGAGCAGUGGGUGGAGCAGCAUUUGGAGGUAUAACAGGAGGAGCUGUAGCUUCCACAAGUGCAACAUCAAAGGAUGCUGUGCUGGAAAUAACUGAGCAAAUGAUUAAGAUAGGAGCAUCAGGCCCCAAGGAAGAUGUACCUAUUAUAAUUCAUCUGCUCAAGCAUGACAUCAUAGUUCUCUAUGGCUACAUCUUCAGCAAGGGCAUGAGCACCAAAGUUGAAAUGGCUGAAGGUAUUAAAGAUGUAAAAGCGGUGUGA